CAGCCAUUGUUCGCGCCGUCGGAAUCCCCAGCCACGCAGCUGAAUUCCGACGCUGCGGGGAUGCCCCUCCCCCACCCCGCAUUUCUGGCCGAAGGGAUGCGGGCGACCGCGAGCACAUAGAACUGCGUCGUGAUUUCAAGCCCCCGCACCGAACUAGGCCUCCUGCGCGCGCUCCUGGUCUGCAGCCUGACGGGUGCCGUUUAAGCUCUCUUGGGCGUGCCGUGCGCGUUUUGCGCCUCGCAGCUCUCCUUCUGGCUGGGUCAAAAUCUUGGGGUGGCGUCCGGGCGAGCUCCGGAUUCAGAGGGGAUGGAGCGCCGCUUUGUUGGACGGGCGCGUGGAGCAGCCCUUCCUUGACGCCUCCGUCGGCGGCGGAGCUGCGUGGAGCAGCUCGGGGGUUGAGGCGCUGUGAAGCGGAGAGACGCCGUGCAAUGGCGGGAGGAGGCGCUCGGUCGGACGACCUUCUGCAGCAGAACCUCCGGGGUGUGCUCGGGGAGGGAGUGGGGCGUGGGGGGGUGGCGAUGCACGCGCCUCGCGCUCUCCGUGCGGCGCCCUGGGCGACCGCGGGCGUGUCGCGCCUCCGGGAAGGAGACCGCGGAGCGCUGGGGCUUGGGCGUGACCGGCUAAGUGGAAGGCGGCGGUGCUUGCGCCUUCUCGCCCCGCGGCCGCCCGUCUGGCUCGCGGGGCAGGGCUCGUCUUUGUCUAACGGGAGGCAGCCUUGCGGACCCGAGGGUGCUGAGCGGGAGGAAGUGCGGCAGCCGGGAGAAGGGCGGUGGUUGGGGCUUCUCUUUGUGAAGAAUGCAGGGCGCCCGCCGACCGAACCGCGGAGCCAGACGCCCAAGAUGGAGGAUGUGCUCGGCGGCGCUGGGGAGCCUCGUCUGGACUCCCCUUGGGCGUCGAACCGCUUUGGCGUCCUCGGAAGAAAUUAGCCUUUAUUUGAUUUCCUCUAAUCGCCGCGCGUGCAUAGGCUGGCUGGAGAGAGACGGGGAGAUGGCUGUGCGGCCACGCCCUCUCCCAGCGAUGAGGUUCGGUUUGUUGAACGGGAGAAAGCAGAUUAGUUUAUAUUUCUAGCAUGAUUUUCACUUCUAACGCUUUUUUUAAUCGAAUGCAUCACUCCGCCCUCCCCCCCCGACUGCUUCGUCAGAAACCCUGCCAUGUGGGCGUGCAGCGAUCGCUUAGAUCCCCCCCCCCCCCGGGCGCAGGAGAUAGAUGAAUCUGUCAUCCUGAAUACACGUUAAAGAUAGAAGAUAGGGUUUUAAAAUAAGGGCUAUUAUGCAGCAUUAAACAAUAUGCAGAAGCUGAAAGGGCUGGCCUGAUAUGAAGGAACUUUCUCUGGAGAAGGGAAGGAAGGGUGGUGUGCUAUAACACUGGGUUUUUUGUCCUUUUGU